AUGGCCACCUCCACCUCAGUUCCCGUUCUCCUGCUCCUCGCCGCCGCCGCCGCCGGCCUCCUGCUCCCCAGCUCGCUGGCAUGCACGAGCAACUGUCCCCCGACCGCGCCCGGCAGUGGUGGCCACGGCCACCCGUCAUACCCAGCGCCCGGCAGUGGCUCGCCGACGUGGCCUUCCCCAGGCUCCGGCUCCAGCGGCGGCCACAGCCGCCCGCCCCACCAUGGCAAGCCGCCCAAGCACCACCACGGCCCCCCGUCCAACUGCCCGCCGUGCAACCCGCCGUACGUGCCUCCGACGCCUCGGCCGUCACCGCCCUACGUGCCACCGUACGUGCCGCCGACGCCUCGGCCGUCACCGCCCUACUUGCCGCCGUACGUCCCCCCGACGCCUCGGCCGUCACCGCCCUACGUGCCGCCGUACGUCCCCCCGACGCCGCCCUACGUCCCGCCGUACGUGCCGCCGACGCCGCCCUACGUUCCACCGACGCCGCCGGCGUCGCGGACGUGCCCGAUCGACACCCUGAAGCUGAACGCGUGCGUGGACGUGCUGAGCGGGCUGAUCCACCUGGUGAUCGGGCAGGACGCCAGGUCCAAGUGCUGCCCGCUGGUGCAGGGGGUCGCCGACCUGGACGCGGCGCUGUGCCUCUGCACCACCAUCCGCGCGCGCGUGCUCAACAUCAACAUCUACCUCCCCAUCGCGCUCAACCUGCUUAUCACCUGCGGCAAGCACCCGCCGUCGGGCUUCCAGUGCCCGCCGCUCUACGACUGA